UCAGCCAAAUCAACACAUACCCGUGUCAUGCCAUGCCUUGCUUGGGAACCUGUUUGUCCGCUUUGGAAGUCCAUAUUGCUUCUGACAGGAGGGCUGAGGCAAAGAGUCCCUGGCAGCUCCCAUAGAGAGAGGGAGAGAACAAGAGAGAGCAAACACACGCUUAUCAGUAGCUGGGUGUAAAAAAAAAGAGAAAAUUCCUCUCUUAACGCGACAGGGUGAUACCUGCAGAGCUUUUUAAGCAGUGGACGCCAACGCUAUCAAACACCUAAUGGAACCUCUGUUGAUGUCCUAAACGGCGAAAUGUUGAUGCUGGUGUAGAACUGAUAAAGGAGAAUUCAGUCAUGACGAGGCACCACAGAUCUAAAAGCUUCUCGGACAGCCUACUGCUGGAGGACGAUGGGAAAGGGGGUGUGGUCGUUGCCGGCAUCAAAGGUGAUCCUACCACCAGUCAGGGACUCAAAGAAGGAGACGAAAUUGUUGGUGCCACCAUCAACUUUGAUGACUUGAAAAAAGAUGAAAUCCUUGACAUAUUGAAGCUCAUUGAGCCAUACAAUGACAAGAUUCAAGUGCUCACGAAGGAGGCCAGCAAAAGCAUGGGCAACCUGGACCGCUUAGUCAAAGCUCCACAGGAGAUGCUGACGGAUUCAUACAGCAAGCUUUUCAAUAAUAAAGUGAAGAAAUUCCUGAAAGACAGUCCAUCUUCAGAGGCCUCAACCAGGAAUUCAUCUCCACAAGGCCUCCCAGAGGGGUCGAAAGCCGAAACGGAACCCGCAAGAGACGACACUUCUCUUGACCUGGGCAUUGACUUGCCCUCUUUGAAUGGUAACCUGACAGUUGAAAGCUUGCUUGAAGCGGCGAAAGGGAAGCGAAAAUCCAAAGAGCCAGCAACUGAUGUCAAGGAUCCGAACAUUUCUGCAGACCCAAAUAUUGAUGGGAUUGCUUCACAAACACCAGAAAAGACCUUGACACCAGAAGUGUCUUUACCUCAAGUUGAUGUAGAAGUACCUGGUGAAAUAAGUGGAGGGUUUUUGGUAGAUUUGUCUUCAGACAUCAGCGCAUCACCUCCAAACAUUGUAGGGGACAAAAGUCCUGCGUCUUCCAAUCUUGACAUCAGUCUUCCGAAGUUUGAUGUUGAAAGUCCUGAGGCAAGAGUUAAGUUGACAGAUGACAUACAGGUUCCAAGUUCCAACAUCGAACUGGAUGUCAAUGCAGAGGGUAAUGCCUUGGAUGCUGACGUUGCCCUACCUAAUGUCAAUGUCCACAUCCCAUCAAAAAGCAAGAGCAAACCUAAAAGGAAGUCAAAGAGUAGGCUGAAAGCACCAGAGCUAGAUCUUGAUACUCCCUCAGGUUAUGAGUAUAAGUCAACUGGGGUACCUGACCUGAACCUUGAUGUUCCCUCUGCUUAUAAAUAUGUCCCAGCUGCAUUGCCAGAUCUGAACCUUGAUGUCACUUCAGCAUACAACUACGUCCCAGAAGGUCUACCAGACCUUAAUGUCGAUAUGCCCUCUGCAUAUCAAUACACGUCAAGGAAGCUGGCCAAGGAAAUGCCAACUUUAAACAUUGCAAGUCCCAAAACAAAGAAAAAAUUGAAAACACCAAAAUUAAAAACUGAAGGUUCAAAAGCUGAUCUGUCAGUUCCCACAGCUGAAAUUGACCUGAAAGUACCUGGCAUAGAUGCAGAUACAGAACUGCCCAAUAUCCCCUCACUGUCCAAAGGAUCAACUCUGGACAUUGGUGGAGGAAUAGAUCUUAAUACCAAGUCACCUAAAUUGACAAGUGAGCUUGAUUUGCCAAACCUGAGUGGACCCCAACCAGAACUAGAAAUCAAUGUCCCAGACGCUGAAGGUCCAUCUGGAAAAUUCAAAAUGCCAAAGUUUAAACUACCCAAAUUCAGUUUUUCUGGCUUAAAAUCACCAAACACGGCAGUGGAUGGAAGUCUAAGCACACCUGAUGCAACAAUUUCAUCACCCAAGCUAAAAGUGAAAGGUCCAAAAACAGAUAUCAAUUUACCUAAUUUAAAUGUUGAUACAGAUACUAAACUAGAUGUUAGUCUCCCCAAUGCAGAUUUAGAUAUGCCUAGUGCCAAACUUCCAAAGUUUAAGAAACCAAAGGUAGAUCUGUCCGCUCCAGAUGUCGACAUUGAUGGCCCAUCUGGAAAACUGAAGAUGCCUAAAUUUGGUCUAUCAGGAACGUUGCCAAAAGGGCCAGAGGCUGACCUGAAAAUGCCAGAUCUGAAUCUCAGUGGACCAAAGUUGAAAGGGGACCUCAGUGUUCCGGAUGCAGAUGUACGCAUUGGAAAACCCGACCUUAAUAGUCCUGAAUUAGACCUCAAGGCUCCUGAUUUGGACAUUAAUGCUCCGUCUGGGACACUGAAAAUGCCAAAAUUCAAAAUGCCAAAAUUUAGUCUUUCAGGACUGAAAGGUCCAGAUGUUGAUGUGGAUGCCAACCUAGAUGGACCUGAUCUCAAAGGAGAAUUUAAAACUCCAAAACUGAGUUCCCCAAAUCUAAAACUGAAAGGUCCAAAGCUAGAUGUUGACAUGCCCAAUGCCAACUUAGAUAUGCCAAGUCCCAAACUACCAAAACUGAAGAAACCAAAGGUAGAUCUUUCAGCUCCAGAUUUUGACAUUGAUGGCCCAUCUGGAAAACUCAAAAUGCCAAAAUUUGGUUUCUCAGGGACAUUGCCGAAAGGGCCAGACGCUGACAUGAAAAUGCCAGAUCUGAAUCUCAGUGGUCCAAAGCUGAAAGGAGACAUCAGUGUUCCUGAUGCAGACAUACAUCUUGGGAAACCUGACCUUAAAGGUCCUGAAUUUGACCUCAAGGCUCCCAAUUUGGACAUCGAUUCUCCAUCUGGGACACUGAAAAUGCCAAAAUUCAAAAUGCCAAAGUUUAGUCUUCCAGGACUGAAAGGUCCAGAUGUUGAUAUAGACGGAGGUCUAGAUGGACCCGAUCUCAAAGGAGAAUUUAAAACUCCAAAACUGAGUUCCCCAAAUCUAAAACUGAAAAGUCCAAAACUAGAUGUUGACAUCCCUAAUGCCAACUUGGAUAUGCCAAGUGCCAAACUACCAAAACUGAAGAAACCAAAGGUAGAUUUUUCAGCUCCAGAUUUUGACAUUGAUGGUCCAUCUGGAAAACUGAAAAUGCCAGACCUGAAUCUCAGUGGACCAAAGCUGAAAGGGGACCUUAGUGUUCCUGAUGCAGACAUACAUCUUGGGAAACCUGACCUUAAGGGUCCUGAAUUAGACCUCAAGGCUCCCAAUUUGGACAUCGAUUCUCCAUCUGGGACACUGAAAAUGCCAAAAUUCAAAAUGCCAAAAUUUAGUCUUCCAGGACUGAAAGGUCCAGAUGUUGAUGUGGAUGGUGGUCUAGAUGGACCUGAUCUCAGUGUUUCACCACCCAAAAUUGGAGCAGCAUUAGAUGCGCCUAAUGUGGAUUUUAAACUUCCAAAAGGGACGCUAAAAGGUCCCAAAGCAGAUAUAGACUUACCUGACGCUGAUAUAGGCAAGCCAUCUGGUAAAUUUAAAUGGCCUACAUUUAAAAUGCCAGACUUCGGCCUCUCAGGACCAAAGGUUAAAGGGCCGGACUAUGAACUCAAUACUCCAGACAUAGACGUCUCUGCUCCAAAAUUCAAAGGAGAAUUUAAAAGUCCAAAGCUGGGUUCCCCAAAUCUAAAACUGAAAAGUCCAAAGCUAGAUGUUGACAUGCCUAACGCCAACUUAGAUAUGCCAAGUGCCAAACUACCAAAACUGAAGAAACCAAAAGUAGAUCUUUCCGCUCCAGAUUUUGACAUUGAUGGCCCAUCUGGAAAACUGAAAAUGCCAAAAUUUGGUCUAUCAGGAACGUUGCCAAAAGGGCCAGAGGCUGACAUGAAAAUGCCAAAUCUGAAUCUCAGUGGACCAAAGCUGAAAGGGGACCUUAGUAUUCCUGAUGCAGACAUACAUCUUGCGAAACCUGACCUUAAAGGUCCUGAAUUAGACCUCAAGGCUCCCAAUUUGGACAUUGAUUCUCCAUAUGGGACACUAAAAAUGCCAAAAUUCAAAAUGCCAAAGUUUAGUCUUUCAGGACUGAAAGGUCCAGAUGUCGAUGUGGAUGGCGGUCUAGAUGCACCCGAUCUCAAAGGAGAAUUCAAAACUCCAAAACUCAGUUCCCCAAAUCUAAAACUGAAAAGUCCAAAAUUAGAUGUUGACAUGCCUAAUGCCAACUUAGAUAUGCCAAGUGCCAAACUACCAAAACUGAAGAAACCAAAAGUAGAUCUUUCCGCUCCAGAUUUUGACAUUGAUGGUCCAUCUGGAAAACUGAAAAUGCCAGAUCUGAAUCUCAGUGGUCCAAAGCUGAAAGGAGACCUCAGUGUUCCUGAUGCAGAUAUACAUUUUUGGAAACCUGACCUUAAGGGUCCUGAAUUAGACCUCAAGGCUCCCAAUUUGGACAUCGAUUCUCCGUCUGGGACACUGAAAAUGCCAAAGUUCAAAAUGCCAAAAUUUAGUCUUCCAGGACUGAAAGGUCCAGAUGUUGAUGUGGAUGGCGGUCUAGACGGACCCGAUCUCAGUGUUUCACCGUCCAAAAUUGGAGCAGCAUUAGAUGUGCCUGAUGUGGAUGUUAAACUUCCAAAAGGGACGCUAAAAGGUCCUAAAGCAGAUAUAGACUUACCUGACGCUGAUAUAGGCAAGCCAUCUGGUAAAUUUAAAUGGCCUACAUUUAAAAUGCCCGACUUUGGCCUCUCAGGACCAAAGGUUAAAGGGCCUGAACUCAAUACUCCAGGUAUAGACGUCUCUGCUCCAAAAUUCAAAGGAGAAAUUAAAGCUCCAAAACUGAGUUCCCCAAAUCUAAAACUGAAAAGUCCAAAGCUAGAUGUUGAUGUACCUAAUGGUGACUUAGAUAUGCCUAGUGUCAAACUACCAAAAUUGAAGAAACCAAAUGUAGAUCUUUCCGCUCCAGAUGUUGACAUUGAUGGUCCAUCUGGAAAACUGAAGAUGCCUAAAUUCGGUUUCUCUGGGACGUUGCCAAAAGGGUCAAUUGAUGGUCCUGACGUGAAUAUUACAGCUCCUAAUGCAGACUUAAAUAUGCCAAGUGCCAAACUACCAAAAUUGAAGAAACCAAAUGUAGAUCUUUCCGCUCCAGAUGUUGACAUUGAUGGUCCAUCUGGAAAACUGAAGAUGCCUAAAUUCGGUUUCUCUGGGACGUUGCCAAAAGGGUCAAUUGAUGGUCCUGACGUGAAUAUUACAGCUCCUAAUGCAGACUUAAAUAUGCCAAGUGCCAAACUACCAAAAUUGAAGAAACCAAAGGUAGAUCUUACAGCUCCAGAUGUUGACAUUGAUGGUCCAUCUGGAAAACUGAAGAUGCCUAAAUUUGGUCUGUCAGGGACAUUGCCAAAAGGGUCAAUUGAUGGACCUGAUGUGAGCAUUAAAGCUCCUAAUGCAGACUUAAAUAUGCCUACCGGUAAACUCUCAAAGGUAAAGAAACCCAAAGUUGAUCUUUCAGAUCCUAAAUUUGGUCUUUCGGGAACAUUACCAAAAGGAUCGAUAGAUGGACCUGAUGUGGACAUUAAAGCCCCCAAAGCACAUCUGAAAGGUCCCAAAGCAGAUAUGGACUUUCCAGAUUUUACUUUGGGUAAGGGUUCUAACUUGAGCCUCUCAGGACCAAAGAUGAAAGGGCCUGACCUUGACCUUGGCUCUUCAGAUGUAGACCUCUCUGCCCCCAAAGGCAAAGGACACAUCAAAAUGCCAAAACUGAGUCACCCAGAUGUUACAUUCAAAAAUCCUAAUCUAGAUGUCGGUGUGCCAGAUUUAGAUGUAGGUGCUGGCAAGCUUCCAAAAGUUAGAAAACCCAAAUUGGGCAUCGAUGUGCCAUCUGGAAAGCUGGAAAUGCCAGAAGUUGGUUUCUCUGGGAACUCACCCAGAGGGUCUAAGGUUGACCUUUCAAUGGGAAUCAAUGGGAAGAUGCCAGAAGGCCAAGCACAACUGUCAGGCUCAACGCUUGACCUCAAAAUGCCAGAUCUUGACAUUGAUGCCCCCUUUGGUAAGCCCACAACUUCAGCACGCAAUUCUCCAAAAGUAGACGCAAGAGGGUCUGCCCUCGACUUGGAUGCGGACUUGACAGUUCGACCCUCCAAGAAGACAAAAGGCAGAGCAAGCUAUCCAGUCAGUAAAGACACGUUAGAUGCUAAAGUUUCUCUACCGGGUUUGCCUCCUCCUCGAGACAGGGUGUUGACUCUUCCACAGUCCAGUGUCAGUGUCAUCAAGCCCGACAUACACCUACAGAAAAAUAAUCGGCCCAAAUCAAUGGAGUUUCUAGACGCGGUUGGCAUUGACUUAGAGAGGUCGCGCACACUGAAGGGCAAGAGAGAGCUUUAUGAUGGAAAAUUAAACAAAACAGUGGAAAUACAAGCCACAGAUGUCGAUCUGGAAGUCCCAGAGGAAUCACUGAAAGGCUCUAGCUUAACCUAUCUGCUCACUCUAAUAUGAACUGUGACAGUCUGCACAUUACUAGGGUCUCUGCAACUGUGUGUGUGUGUGUGUGUGUGUGUGUGUGUGUGUGUGUG